GUCAAUACAUCUCCAUGAUUUAAAAAAUAAUUCAAAUCAAGAUAGAGGAUAAUUUUUUAAACUGGUAACAGACAUCUAUAACAGCUUUGUAGGUAUAAAGGUGACCCUGGAGGCAGGUCUGGGCUGAGUGAGUCACAGGAGGGUAGGAAGGUUAAGCCUCCCGGCCACGGUCUGUUGCAUAAAGACUCUGGAGGGUAGAGCUCUGAAGCUGGAAAUUCGAGGGGCUCCCAGGGGUUCCCCCAUGGUCCCAGCAACACAGAAUUUCACAUUGGUGCAUCUUCCUCUUGUAGGGAUGAACCAGACUUUGAAUAGCAGUGGGACUGCAGAGUUGGCCCUAAACCAUUCCAGAGGGAGCGUGGUGCACACGGCCUGCCUGGUGCUGAGCUCCCUGGCCAUGUUCACCUGCCUGUGCGGGAUGGCAGGCAACAGCAUGGUGAUCUGGCUGCUGGGAUUUAGAACGCGCAGGACUCCCUUCUCCAUCUAUAUCCUCAACCUGGCGGCAGCUGACCUCCUCUUCGUCUUCAGCAUGGCUGCCAUGCUCAGCCUGGAAACCCAGCCCCUGGUCAGUACCACUGACAAGGUCCACGAGCUGAUGAAGAGACUGAAGUACUUUGCCUACACAGUGGGCCUGAGCCUGCUGACAGCCAUCAGCACCCAGCGCUGUCUCUCCGUCCUCUUCCCUAUCUGGUUCAAGUGUCACCGGCCCAGGCACCUGUCAGCCUGGGUGUGCGCCCUGCUCUGGAUGCUGUGUCUCCUGACAAAUGGGUUGACCUCUUGCUUCUGCAGCAAGUUCCUGAAAUUCAAUAAAGACCGGUGCUUCCGGGUGGACGUGGUCCAGGCUGCCCUCAUCAUGGGGGUCUUAACCCCAGUGAUGACUCUGUCCAGCCUGACCCUCUUUGUCCGGGUGCGGAGAAGCUCCCAGCAGUGGCGGCGGCAGCCCACUCGGCUGUUCGUGGUGGUCCUGGCCUCUGUCCUGGUGUUCCUCAUCUGUUCCCUGCCCCUGGGCUUCUACUGGUUCGUGCUGUACUGGUUGAACCUGCCGCCUGACACGAAGCUCCUGUACUUCAACUUGUCACGCCUCUCUUCGUCCAUGAGCAGCAGCGCUAACCCCCUCAUCUACUUCCUGGUGGGCAGCCGGAGAAGUCGCAGGCUGCAAGGGUCGCUGGGGACUGUGCUGCAACGGGCGCUUCGUGAGGAGCCCGAGCUAGAAGGUGGGGAGACGCCCACCACGGGCACCAAUGAGAUGGGGGCUUGAGAGCCACCCACAGGUGCUUCCCAUCUGUGCGAGCCUGUGUCCUGGAGAUUCCCGAGCCGUGAGCUGCCUCCCGCCUCAUCCUUGCCAAGUGCCUGGCCAGCCUUCUUGGGGGAGCCCCAAGGACUUUGCAACUGCGUGUGGGGGUCACUUCCCUGCAUGUCAAAGCUCCCCACACCACCUGUGUCCUGAAUCUCACAAUGCAACCCUGCGGGAAGGUGCAAUUUAUUUGGUUGUAGCAGAUCAUCUGGUUGGGGGAAAAUACUAGCUUUUAGCCCUACCCAGCUUUAAGCUGGUUAUCUAUGGGUGGAUAACAGGCAUCUCAUUUGAAUAUGAAAGUUUUCUCCCAACCACCUUCACUGCCUAAGACAGCAUCUUUGUGCAGGGGCGGGUGACCCGGGGGAUCUUUGGCCCUAUGCUGGUCCUUGGGUGGCACCAAAUGGCCACCAAGGCAGUGCCCCCAUGCACCUUUCCCCAGGUGUGCCUGCAGCCUGCAAGUAAACGGUGUUGCCAUCGCUGACCCAGAUCUCGCUGGCUGUGGGCCAUGAGACUCUGCCCCACUGUCCCUCUGACCCCUGGCCAGCCCUUGACCCCUGGCAUUUGCUGUUAAGUUGCCUUACCCUGUCACCCCUUGCACCCAGGGCAGGCCUGUUCGCUUUCCUCCAGGCUACACUGGGAAGGGAAGAGCCUCUGCCUGGGUUCACUGGCAGUCACUCCAGCAGACGCUGAUGGGACAGUGCCCCAGGCAGUGGAGGACAGCCUGCCAGGCAGUGUCCCCCAGAGCCAGAGUCUCGUACCUGACUGACCGUCCCUCCCAGGGCCCCCUCACUUUGCCCAAAGGCCCAAAGAGGGAACAUCUGGGACACACAUCAGCCAGCUCCACUCUCCUCCCUCCCCUUUUCCUUCCCACAGUACCUAGGGUCCAGAACAAGGCCGAUGUUCCCUGCACUUUCCAUACAUCACAGCCCUUUCCUACCGCCCAGCAUCCGGCCUCGAGGCUCAGGGCUUGCAGGGAGGGGCUGCAAGACAGGAGGUCCCUGCAGAGUCAGUCCCGGACUUAAAGAGGUGAAGGAGGAGGAAAGACAGGAAGUGGAAAGAUCCUGUCUCCAGACCACAGCCUGGCCUGCAAGCCUGGCACCCGGCUGCCUCAUCCUGUUUUUCAGGUCAGAAGGUGAAAAUGAUCUUAUUCUUUUUCUUGGCAUCUUUCUGAAGCAAAUCUCAGUCUCCUCCCAAAAGAUGGAACCUUUGAACCAGCCAGGGCACAGGUCAGAUCCUGAGACAGGAGAGGACGGCUCAUCAGUAAGCUAUAAAAUACACCCUGGAAUCAACUCUCACAGCCUACGGUUCUGUGCCGUGGCAGGCGAUGCUGGCCUGGGGACUCGAAGACUGUACACCUGGCCAGGACUCCCCUUCCUGGGGUCUCCCUGGGUGUUCACUGCCCUGGGCUGGAGGCUGUGCAGCCCUUGCAGGAGAAAUUACCUCUGAGUGCUUUCAUUUCCUGGGCCACGUGCUUUCCCACCUAGGGCUCAGGCCCCCGGGUCUGCACGUCUUGGAGAGGCAUGCAAGGCAGAGUGGUGGUUCUUUAUCAGUCAUUCCAGCAUUUAGCAGAGCGCUUGGUGCCAGCACUGGCCUCGCAUGCCACACGCACUUAACAAGUGCUUAUUUAGCCAGUAAGAGUCACUGAUGCUUUACAGUCCAUGUUUUCUCCAGGAUCCAACCCACAUCUUUUUUUGUUUUUGUUUUUUUUUUUUUUUGAGACGGAGUCUCACUCUGUCG